CCUCCCUCCCUCCUCCCUUCAGGCCCCACAUCAGGAGGGGAGCGUUCCAGGGAGGAACCUCGGCCAUGACGGCGUCCUUAGACCCUCAGGAUUAUAUGGAAGGCCUCAACCACUCUGUUGUUGUGUCUGACCAUCCAACAAGCCCUGAUCCCACUUUGUUGAUGUCUGAUGUGCAGUCAAGCCCCUCUUGUCAGCGACCUUUUACAGCUGCAUGUACGUUUUCCAGUAAUAGCUCCAUCCUGAGAAGAGACAGCCCAACAAGUGAACACAUCUGGCAACAAGGCACUUCUACAUCCUCUAUAAUGUCCCAGUUUUCAGAAACAAACCAUGGCAAGUUGUUAGGAAGCUACUCCACAUCUCAUGAAUGUACUGUUCCUGUGCAAGAUGGUUCCCUUUUGUGUCAUUUCCAGAACAAAGGACCCCAAACUGGAUCAUUGAAAAGCCUAAAGAAUUCAUCAGCUGAUCAGCAGCAAAACUCUGAGGACAGUACCAGCAUCCAAGCUUUCCUCAAUUUUGGUGGAUGCAGUGCCAGUAGUAGCCAAUCACUACUGGGAAAGAAACAAUUUGCUUUUUUGCCACAUGAUAAUGGCUCUCCCAAAAUAUCAAAAUCACCAGUGGACAGUAGCUUUUCAACGCACAGUUUUCUUGCAUCCACUCCAAGACCCAACAGCCAGAAUAGUCCAAAUGAACAAAACCAGGGAGUGACUAUUCCACCUCAUCCCACACUUCAAGAGAAGAAGAGGACUUCAGAAGGCUCUAUCUCACCUUCUUCCAGUGGCUUCUCCAGCCCACAUAGUGGGAGUUCUAUUAGUAUCCCAUUUCCGGAUGUUCUCCCUGAUUUCUCUAAAGGUGUAAGCACUUCGUCAUUGCAAGAAAAUACAAAUGACAAACAUGUGACUGUGAAGUUUGUCCAAGACACUUCCAAGUUCUGGUACAAACCAGAGAUCUCAAGAGAACAAGCUAUUGAUGUUCUGAAGGACAAGGAACCUGGAUCAUUUGUUGUUCGUGACAGUCACUCAUUCAGGGGAGCCUAUGGGUUGGCCAUGAAAGUUGCUAUACCUCCUCCUUCAGUGUUACAGCUAAAUAAGAAAGUUGGAGAUCUAUCCAAUGAACUUGUCAGACAUUUUCUGAUCGAGUGUACCCAUAAGGGAGUAAGGUUGAAAGGAUGCCCCAAUGAGCCAUAUUUUGGUAGCUUGGCAGCUUUGGUGUACCAGCAUUCCAUUACUCCUUUGGCAUUGCCCUGCAAGCUGCUCAUCCUAGAUAAAGAUCCACUGGAGGAGGUUUCUGAAAUGGCACCACAGACAGCUGCAAACUCAGCCACAGAUCUUCUCAAACAAGGGGCAGCAUGCAACGUUUGGUACCUGAAUUCUGUUGAACUGGAGUCCCUCACAGGUUAUCAGGCAAUCCAGAAGGCACUGAGUUUAACAUUGUCUCAAGAACCUCCUCCCAGCUUUACUGUGGUCCAUUUCAAAGUGUCCACACAGGGAAUCACACUGACAGACAAUCAGAGAAAGCUGUUUUUCAGAAGGCACUAUCCAGUCAACACUGUUAUUUUCUGUGCUUUGGAUCCACAGGACAGGAAGUGGAUGAAAGAUGGUCCUUCAGCAAAGGUGUUUGGAUUUGUUGCAAGGAAGCAAGGAAGUGCCACCGAUAAUGUUUGUCACCUGUUUGCACAGCAUGAUCCGGAGCAACCUGCCAGUGCCAUUGUAAACUUUGUGUCAAAGGUCAUGAUAGCUUCCCAGAAAAAGAACUGAAAGAUGUUGGCAGUGCUGUGAGUGACAUUUCAGGAGAAGAAUUACUAGAAAGAUUAUUCCAAGAUGGUAGCCUCAUCUUCUGCAGCCAUGUGUUCCCAGGGAAGAUGUUCCAUGUGCAUAGCAAUACAAGGACCGACUGUGUUUCAAUAAUGCCUUCACUAUUUAUAACAUUUUGUCAUUAAGCUGCAGAGCUAAACCCAGAAGAAGCUAGAAACUAGCAAGAUUCCAAAUGCCUAUUUCUGAAUAAACUCAAAAACACGAAGAAAAGGAUUGGCGUUUAAAUACUAUUUUCAUGCCUUGGUUGCAGCUUUCCAGUUCAGUCACUUUAUUACAAUAGAAUGAAAAAUCAAUCUAGCAAACUGCUUUUAUGUGGAAUCCUUGCUAGAAAUCCAUGUUCUUUAAGAGUGGAAUUACAUGAUGGAGUUUGUGGGGAAAAACUGCAUUUUUUAAAACAGCAUUCUCACCUAGAAAUGCUUCUUUCCAGGCUGCUUUUUGCACACACUGUUAGGUUCAGACGUCAGAAACCAUUCUUGAAAAAGAGAAGAGACUGCAUUUGUAGGACUAAUAAUUUGGUGGGUACGAAAGGAGACCUAUGUGGUUUACAGCUCUUCCUGUUGCCAAGCCAUGAACCUCUACUAGAUCGCCAUGGUUGCCACUGCCUUAGAGACAGGACCACUUGUUUUUACUGUUGUUUUAACAUGACACUGAUGGAAAUCAAACGUAAAAUGGACAGCUCUAUUCACAGAUGAGAUUGAUGUAGGUUUAUUGGGAUGGUGCAGAGAGAAAGAGACAUUUCUAGAUCCUUACCUUGUACAUUUGCUAUAAUGAAGGUGAGGUAACUCUAAUUUGGUUGGAUAUAAGCAGUAAUGGGGCUGGUUAGUAAAGAAAAGUAAAAGAUGCAGUGAAAAAUUGACAUAUUUUCUAUUCCUUUUUGUAGGAAACGAGGAAAAUGUCAUUUUCAUUAUUGUUGGAUAAGAAUAAGGAAAUAUGUAUAUAUGUAAUUUGCUUUUGCCUGAUACAAAUGUUUUGGUCAUGGAACCCUUCAGAAGAUUUUUUUUUAAAAAAACCCUAAGCAUUGUGAACUCUUUUUCUUUCAUCUUCUCCUAUUUCCUGAGUAUUUUUGUAUCACAUAGUCGGUUAGGAAAUAAAGAGAAAACAUUUUAAAUAUAACCACAAAUCUUUUAUUUGGGCACAAGAAAAUAUUGGAUAUACCACAAACAUUUAUUUUGGUAGAAAAAAUUCAAUUCCAUUGACUCAUUAGUUCUGGUUGAAUUGGGACCAGAUUUGGGUUUUGGGCAAUGUUUGAACACAAAUGAUGCCAGUUAUGCAGGCCUACCUGCGCCUGAGUGAACAACUGAAAGGAACUUUUCAGUCAGAAGAAAAGAGCAAUUAGAAUGUUUCUGCAACAUUUCCAUUGACAGUAAAGGAAAUGGGCUCAACUUUGAAACGGAAAUAUCAAAAUUGUACAAUUAAAUCUCCAAAAUGUAAAUGUACAUUUUUGGUUUUGCCAGGCAUUGGGAUUGAUAAUUCUACUAUCCAUGUUUGAAUAAAUUAUUAGGAUCAGGAGGAUAGCUGCCAUUGAAAUAACUAGGCAAAGUAGCUUUUUAUAUCAAAUCCUUUCUAUGUAACAUGUAUUCUUUAAAGAUAUGAUUUGAACCAACUAGAUGGAAUUAAGUCCCCCAAAAGUAGUUUGUCCUUCUUGGAUUUCUGCAAGAGCAAUAAUUCAUCUUUUUUAUUUCUAAUUGGUAAAUCGACUUUUAAAUAUGUCACCUGACACUCCCAUCCCUAUACUGUUCAACAUUUUCCUCCUCCUCCUCCUCCUCUUCUUCUUCUUCCUCUUCUUCUUCUUCUUCCUCCUCCUCCUCCUCCUCCUCCUCCUCCUCUUCUUCCUCUUCUUCUUCUUUCUCCUCCUCCUCCUCCUCCUCCUCCUCCUCCUCCUCAUCUUCUAAAAAACAGAUGGUGUGGUUUCUGGCAUCUUUCAGCUUGAAUUCCUCCACUCCCCCACCCCCAUUUUUGGAAGUCAGAAGCUGCAAGAGUCAGAAAAACAUCUAGAUUUCCCACCUUUACAGCAGAGAAUAAUAAUCCAAACAUUAAUUAGUUCACGCUUAUAAAAUUAACAUUGAAUUUGAUGGUGUUUGAGAAACUAACCAUUAUUCAGCAACAUACAGCAGUAUAAUAUUCACCGUUUAUUUAUCCCCAUUACAUAUAAGUGACACUUUGCAUUCCUGCUCAAAAACUGCAUUCUUAAACUUGUGCAAAUGAAUGUGGUCUCAUACCUUUGUAUAGUCAUUUCCCGUGCUUUUUGAAUUGUCCCCUCUGUUAAAAUUCUAAUAAAAAUUGUAAUUUUAUAAAUCU